AUGACAUCGCCAUAUCUACAAUCGAAUUCAUUCUCGCCGUCGGAUAUGGCCGCCGCAUCUGCAGCCUCAAACAGGUCUGUUUCCGACUUGCCGCAAGCUCAGGUGGAUGCUAUCAUCCGCACGAAGCGCAAGGCGCGCGAGCCCAAAGCAUGCUACCCCUGUCAUGCGCGGAAAGUAAAAUGCGAUCGGAAUCUUCCUUGCGAUGGAUGUGUCAAACGCGACCAUGCGGACCUGUGCUCCUACGAACGUCCCUCGAAGAAGCGCUCGCAAGCCUUCCAUGAAAGCCCUAUCGGUGGCGCUUCAGCCGGGUCCUCGGCAGAGCAGCAUGCCUCGUAUGGGUAUGACGAUAGUGAGGUGCAGAUGAAGCCCGACCCUAUUCAGCACCUUCCGACUCGAAUUAACGGUACUCAAACGGGUGGACGCGUGUCAAUUGCUAGGGAGGAAUGGGAUAAUGUCCGCAACCGACUACGAGAAAUGGAGUCUACCAUCUCCUCACUACGCGUGGGCCUUGAACGCGCUGAGGAAGCGCCCUCCGUGGCAACGGAUGGCGGGACCGGGAGCGUACAGAGCGGAGAUGCAAAUUCUCGGGCUAAGGGUGCGUCGCCGGAACGCGAGGGCAUUCAUACCACCAACACCCUGGGCAAAGGCACCGUCCACUUGGGAUCGCGCUCGGUCCUGGCUUAUAUCCUGAACAACAAGUCGGGGUCCGACCAGCUACAAACACUAUUGGAGGACGGAAUACUGCCUAAGCUUGGACUUGACAACGAGUCGGCGACUUACCCAUUUGUGGAUUUAUGGUCGUCGGAUAUGUCAACCUUCGACAUUAGCGCCGUCUGUAGCGCGCUUCCAAGUGAUCAACAAUGUAGAGAGUUUUUCUACUACUACAAAGAUAUUGCCGGCGCAAUUUAUCCUGUUCUUGAAGACGUUCAGCAAUUCCAAAACACCCUUGAGCUUCUUAUGCAGAACAGAACAGCUUCAGGCGGGGUCUAUCGAGAGGAUGUCGAUGAAGCACAGAGUCCUUUCGGCGUGAGCAUCGCAUACCUGGGCCUAUUAUUCGCUGUCCUUGCUUCCGGUUGCCAGUCGUCCGACCUUGGAAGCAAAGAGAGAGAACUAACAUCUCAAGUCUAUGUGUGCUGCUCUUACCAAUGUCUUCGCAUGACCAAUUUCUUGUCUCAGCCCACCAUUGAAGCAAUUCAGACCCUCCUGGUCAUUGGAAAUGUAUUGUCGUACAACAUGAAUCCAGGAAUUUCUUACGUGCUGCUAGGCAUGACACUUCGCAUGGGCUUGGCCCUUGGCUUGCAUGUUGAGUCGAGUAGGUUCUCGUCGCUCGAGCGGUAUCGCCGCCGACAUGUUUGGUGGUCCAUGGCAUGGCAAGACAGUCACUUUUCUCUCUCUUAUGACCGCCCCUCUACAACCGCAGUCAGUCAGCCUGAUAUAGCAUAUCGCGAGGGCUCCAAACCGGGUGAUCUGUCUUACUUUGAGACUUUAUGCCGAGUGAUUUCUUUGGCCUUGGAAGUUGUUCGUAUUCGGAUGCUUAGUCCGCAUACCCAGAUAAGCUUUGAAAACAUCCAGAGCUACAAGGAACGAAUCCAGAAGAUCAUGAUUGAAGCAAAACCGCAUUUGCGAGAUGCACAGUGGUGUACGACUUCACCCGAGCAUCUAGAACGAGUCGUUCUGAAACUACACUCAUCAUAUUUCUCAUCUGAGCUUUGUCGACCAUCGCUGAAACCGACCGUCGAUGCCAACGACGCGGAUACUGCUAGUAUGCGGCGGGACUGCAUUACAAAUUUGAUGACGACCGUGGAGGCCUAUAUCGAAAUGUAUAACAUCAGCUCCCAUGCAGCCCGAUCUUGGAUUGCGCUCCAGCGAGCAAUCAGCUCCGCAUUCCUCCUUGCUGUUAUUGAAGAGGCCAAGCAAGAGCCAAAAGUCUGGAGCCUCCUACACCAUCUAGAGUCCAUCAUAGCCCAGCGUGCCAGCAACGAACGUGCCUACGAUACCGCUGAUGUUGCUGGUACAGGGAGCAGCAUCACCUCGCCAGCCCAGGGCGUCCCCACCUACGACCCCAUCACCGGUGUGACUAACCCUCCGGGUUCCGUUCAGCCAAUUCUGGAUCCCACUUCACCCGCUGCAAUCAAUCCCGACAAUCAAACCCAAUGGGCCAAGUCGUUAGCCAAAACGCAUCGCGCUUUGCAAAAGCUUCUUACGGCCUUUGGAAACCAGCAAGCUCGCGGCGGGACUGGACGUAGCCCCGCAUUCCCUCAAUCAAAUCUUAACGCGACUGCUGCCUCAAUGGGUAGCUUCGCGCCUCCUGUGUCGGCAAGCAUGACCCCCAGUAUGGGAUCUCUUCCGCCCCCGACCCCAGAAAGCUCUGGCAGUGGCGAAUGGACAAUUCCCAACAUCUUGGACCGCGCCUCAGAGUAUAUUCAUCCACCGCUCUGGAGCUAA